AUGACGCUCAUGUAUGUGCGCUUGAGAUUUAAAAAAGUUAAUGAAAUUAUAACCAUACGCAUACGAAAGAGAAGUAUUUUGAAAUGCACAUCAGGUCAUGAUGUGAAACUUAUAAAAGAAGUUACUGACAGACUUUAUCACUUGUGUAGGAUGCAUUAUAAAUUGUGUCAUCUAAUGAGAGAAUUAAACAAGACCUUCGCCUUUCAACUCUUGUGUUCCUUAGCUGUGUCUAUGGGCGAUGUUUUAUUCCAAAGUUAUUAUUUAUACCAUCUACUUUUUAACAGUGUGCCCAAUGUUACUACGACAAUGGUUUUAUGCCCUAUUGCUUGGUUAGUUGAUGAGAUGGUGGAGAUAUUUUUAUUAGUUCGAUCUUGCGCUAGUACCUGCGAAAGUGCUAAUACGACUCCUAUUCUGUUACAUGAAUUUCGAAAUGAACUUGAUAACAUCGAAAUUGAGAGUCAUAUUCAGAUGUAUUCAUUACAAUUGCUUCAUCAGAAGAUACGAGUAUCUGCGUUGGGUUUUUUUUAUAUCGAUUAUUCGUUGAUAUAUUCAGUAGUUGGGGCAGUAACUACGUACUUGGUAAUUUUCAUACAAUUUGAUCAGCAAACUUCUGACAUAAAACUAUAUCCAGUUGGUAACUGCAGCGGACCCUGA